UUUAACACAAAAAUAAAAAAAAAAAAACCCAGUUUCUCUUUCUUUUCUUUUUUUUUCCCUCUCUUCUUUCUUUUCUUGAUCCAUGGCAGAGCAAAAAAUAACCAAGCUAAAGUUUCAAUAAUCAAAACCCAGAUUUAAAAAACCCCCAAAUUUGAUUCUUUGAACCAAAAAACCCAAAAAAAAGGGGGAAGAAAAAGAAAAUAGAACCAAUAAUUUUUGGUUGGUGUUAAAAAUCCAAUGCGGUGGUGGUCUUUGUUAAAAAGACCAACAAGAAAAGGGGGAGUUUUGAAGGAAACCCAGAUCAAAAAAUCAAAGCUUGAAUCGAGAAAAGAAGAGAAAAGGGUUGGAUCUGAUGGUGGUGCGGGUAGGAUUGGGUGUGGAGAGGAGCAGAGAGAGAUACUGUGGAGCAGCAGCUGCUGGUUUUGAUAAUAAUAAGAAAGGUGGUGUCUUUUUGGAGAGAGGGGAGAAGAGUUGUCCAAUUGUGGUGGGGCUGCAUAGAGAAGGAUGCAGCUUCACGUCUCGCCUAGCAUGAGAAGUAUAACGAUAUCGAGCAACAAUGGGUUUAUUGACUUAAUGAAGAUCAAGGUGGCAGCCAGACAUAUUUCAUAUAGGACCCUUUUCCAUACCAUUCUCAUCCUCGCUUUCUUGUUGCCUUUUGUCUUCAUUCUUACUGCUCUUGUUACCCUUGAAGGUGUCAACAAGUGCUCCUCAUUUGAUUGUUUAGGUAGGCGGUUAGGACCGAGACUUCUCGGGAGGGUUGAUGAUUCAGGACAGAGACUGGUUAAGGACUUUUAUAAGAUCCUCAAUCAAGUAAACACUGAGGAAAUCCCAGAUGAUCUAAAGCUUCCAGAUUCAUUUGAUCAACUUGUUUCUGAAAUGAAGAACAACCAGUAUGAUGCAAAAACCUUUGCAUUCAUGUUAAGAGCAAUGAUGGAGAAACUUGAAAGGGAAAUUAGGGAAUCUAAAUUUGCAGAGCUGAUGAACAAACACUUUGCUGCAAGUUCCAUUCCAAAAGGCAUCCACUGUCUUUCUCUGCGGUUAACUGAUGAAUACUCUUCCAAUGCUCAUGCACGCAGACAACUGCCUUCUCCUGAGCUACUCCCUGUGCUUUCUAACAACUCUUACCACCACUUUGUCCUGUCAACGGACAAUAUAUUGGCUGCAGCAGUAGUUGUUGCUUCUGCUGUCCAGUCCUCUUUGGAACCUGAAAAGAUUGUCUUUCAUAUCAUCACAGACAAGAAAACUUAUGCGGGUAUGCAUUCCUGGUUUGCACUAAACCCUAUAUCCCCUGCCAUUGUGGAAGUGAAAGGUGUUCACCAGUUUGACUGGUUAACUAGAGAGAAUGUUCCUGUGCUUGAAGCUGUAGAGAACCAUAAUGGCAUCAGAAAUUACUAUCACGGCAACCAUGUUGCAGGGGCAAAUCUGUCUGAUACUACUCCUCGAACAUUCGCUUCAAAAUUGCAGGCUAGAAGUCCAAAGUACAUAUCCUUACUCAACCACCUUCGGAUAUAUUUACCAGAGCUCUUUCCGAACCUUGACAAAGUGGUCUUUUUAGAUGAUGAUGUUGUAAUUCAGCGUGAUUUGUCUCCCCUUUGGGAGAUUGAUCUCCGGGGAAAGGUUAAUGGAGCUGUAGAAACUUGUAAAGGUGAAGAUGAGUGGGUGAUGUCCAAACGUUUCAGAAACUACUUUAAUUUUUCCCAUCCCCUUAUAAUGAAGCAUUUGGAUCCAGAUGAAUGUGCAUGGGCUUAUGGGAUGAAUAUCUUUGAUCUUCGUGCUUGGAGGAAGACAAAUAUAAGAGAAAAAUAUCAUUCCUGGCUGAAAGAGAACCUGAAGUCAAACCUGACAAUGUGGAAGCUUGGAACUCUACCACCUGCUUUGAUUGCAUUUAAAGGCCAUGUUCAUCCAAUCGACCCAUCAUGGCAUAUGCUUGGCUUGGGCUAUCAGAGUAAGACCAAUAUUGAUAAUGUGAAAAGAGCUGCAGUUAUUCAUUACAAUGGCCAGUCAAAACCAUGGUUGCAGAUUGGCUUUGAGCAUCUUCGGCCAUUUUGGACCAAGUAUGUCAACUACUCCAAUGAUUUUGUUAGGAACUGCCACAUUUUGGAAUCGUAGUUAAGCAGCUAGAGGAGUUAGAAGAAGAGAUAGACUGGGAAGAGACACUAGCAAGUCAAGUGUCAUAAGUUCUAUUGCGGCCUGAAAUUUCCUUGAGAUCUAUUUGAGAAGGUGAGAUGAAAAUUGGCCAAGAGAGCAACAAUUUUGAGGACUGCAUUUACCGUCAUCACUCAAAACAUUUGCAGGAAGGACCUGCAUUACUAGCAUGGGCAUGAAAUUCAUUCUUUCAGUUUGUAACAUAGCAAUCGAUGUUUAUUUUUUCGGGUGGGAAAAGGAUACUGAUAUUGAUCUUCCUGCAAAGAUUCUUGGCUUAGUGCAUAUGUUGGAAUAAGGUGCAAAAUACACAAGACUAGAAGUGCUCCUAUUGAUGUCAUUGGAUUCAUUGGUGUAGGAAGAGAAUGGCUUGGGCCGGUCAUUUGGUGAGGCUCCAACGUCAGCCCAGACUGUCUUUUCCCUUCCAUUUUCUUGAAAAAUUUUUGUUGGUUUCAUUUUUGUUAGUUCCUUCCCCAUUUUUUCCCCCUUGAUUUUAAAUAUCUUGUUGAAUUUUAGGACUAGAUCAUGGAGAUUGCUUUGUUACAGCUCCCAUGAAUUGGGGACCUCUUCUUAGGUUAUAUAUCGGUAUUUGUUAUGUACACUUCACGAGAAACAUUUAAAAUGUGCAGAAAAAUUCUUUCCAAUUUUUCCAUAACAUAUUUGAGUUAUUAGCUU